AGUUCUCUACUUGAUUCUUUAUGGGUUUUUUCUCUUGUGGUUGGGGGUUGUGGGUAAGACGAAGAACUUCCCAAGAACAAAGAAGCAGCAAAACCCAUUUCAACUUUCUUGACCCCUGGCUGGAUGGAUGCUUCCAAUUGGGUCAAAAGCAUUCAAUUGGGCAGUUGCCUUUUCACACUGUAGACGACGGACGCCCGCCCUUUCUUUGAUUCUUUCACGGGCUUUGCCUUGUUUCAUCCAGAGCUCUCUCUCUCUCUUUGUUUUUUCAUCCCCCCUUGGCCUUCUUUUCCCUUUAUAGGUGUUUCCGAGAUUGGGGAGCUUUUUGCCGUUCUUGUUCUGUCUUGUUUCUCAUCUUUGUAUGAGGGAGUGGUGGAGGAGAGAAUAGGGGAGAUUGAAUCUGAGUCUGUGUUUUUUUUAAUUUCUGGUGAUGGGGUCUUGCUUGAGUUCGCAGAUCAAAGCUGAGAGUCCUCUUCACAUAGGAGCAAAUCUUUUUAAUCGUGGAGAAGGAAAUGAUUCGAGUGAUGGGAGUAGCAGGGCCUCCUCUCUUUCCAUACCUCAAACCCCUCGAACGGAGGGUGAGAUAUUGCAGUUGUCCAAUCUAAAGAGCUUCACCUUUAAUGAUCUCAAGACGGCAACGAGAAAUUUCCGUCCAGACAGCGUUUUGGGUGAAGGAGGGUUUGGUUGUGUUUUCAAAGGGUGGAUUGAUGAGCAAACUUUUACAGCCGCUAGGCCUGGAACUGGCUUGGUGAUAGCAGUAAAGCGGCUUAACCAAGAGGGAUUUCAAGGUCACAAGGAGUGGUUGGCGGAAAUCAACUACUUGGGCCAGCUGUAUCAUCCUAAUCUUGUGAAGUUGAUCGGUUUCUGCUUUGAGGAUGAGCAUCGCCUUCUCGUAUACGAAUUCAUGCCUCGGGGAAGCUUGGAGCAUCACUUGUUCAGGAGGAGUUCCUAUCAUCAUCCGCUUUCUUGGAAACUGCGUAUCAAGGUUGCUCUUGGUGCUGCUAAGGGACUCGCAUUCCUCCACGGCGACAAAGUGAAAGUUAUAUACCGGGACUUCAAAACAUCCAACAUCCUGCUAGAUGCGAACUUUGACGCUAAACUCUCAGAUUUCGGAUUGGCCAAGGAUGGGCCAACAGGGGGGAAGAGCUACGUCUCUACAAGAAUCAUGGGUACUUACGGAUAUGCUGCUCCAGAGUACAUGGCUACAGGGCAUUUGACGGCAAAAAGCGACGUGUACAGUUAUGGGGUUGUCCUUCUCGAAAUGUUGUCCGGUCGACGGGUGGUGGACAAAAACAGACCAUCUGGAGAGCAAAAUCUUAUUGAAUGGGCCAAACCUUAUCUCUCGAGCAAGCGCAAGAUUUUCCAGGUCAUGGAUGCUCGUAUUCAGGGCCAGUACUCACUGAGCGGAGCGCUGAAAGCAGCUAACGUUGCAAUCAAAUGCCUCUCGCUGGAGCCCAAGUCCAGGCCCAACAUGAACGAGGUGGUGAGAGCUCUGGAGCAACUCCAGGACACCGAAGAGACGGCGAUAAGGGAAGCCCAACAGAACGCCAGCAGAAACGCGAACGCCGGUCCCAAGCACCGCCGAAGAAGCGCCAAUGACAUCGGCGAUAUGAAGCCUGCCGUAUAUCCCCGGCCGUCUCUUUCUCCUGUUCAUACUUGAGCAAAACUUGGCGAACUCAUUUCCUUUUCCACACACACUGAUUCGAAUCUACAACUCAAUUGAUGGUAUGGACUCAGCAUGCAUACGUCUCAUUCUGUUCGUUACUGUACAGCUGCUGUUAUUGCUCUCAGUUUCCCCAUCGAAGAUCAUCGUAACAGCAUUAGGAGGGAGAGAUGGAAAGCACAGAGAUUCAAAGCCGGAGCAGCUACAUUCGGAUGGCUGUUUUUCCACGGCCGAGGAACAUGUUAGGGCCUUCGGUUGUUGUCAUUUUUACAAUGUGUCAGUCCUCGUCUGCCUUGAACAUAUUCCAUAAAUUCCCCAUCGCGGGUGUUCUCUCA